AUUUUCAAACUUUCAACACCUGUUUUCGUUUGGAGAUGAGAGAAGUUCGAACUGAGGUAUGUAUGAGAUUUUCGUUUCAGCUUAAAAAGCGGAUUUGUAUUUCGCCUCUUUUCCAAGUACAAUAUAUACCUUAUUACACUUGUCAUUGCUAAGAACACAGGUUAUGUUGAAAUACCAAGGAAAUAAUACUAAUUCUUGAAGAAUUAGAACAGGCUAUCAAAGAAAGUGAAACAAGACUGAUGAUACUAGACUUUUUUGCGGAUUGGUGUGGGCCUUGCAAAAGAGUCGCUCCAGAACUGGACAAAAUUUGUGAAGAAUGGGAAGAUGUUUUAUUCAUAAAAUUAAAUGUAGAUGAGUUGGAGUCUGCAGCCGAAACGUAUGCUAUAGCUGCAAUGCCUACAUUUAUUGCAUUCAAAGGCGGCGAAAAAGUGGACGAAGUUGUUGGUGCGAAUUUAGACAAACUGAGAGAGAUGAUUGAAAAGUAUAAGUAAAUAAACCACGGGGGCUAAUGAAAAAAUCAUUUCACCGAACAUUUUUCUGUAUUACGAUUAGUCAUAUAUUGCACUUAGUUACUAUUAUAUGUAAAAGAUAUUUAUGAAUUGAGCGACAUUUAACAUUUCAUUAAUUAAAAUUGAUGAUAAAUUUCUGUUAACACAUAUAUGAGAAGCGAUACUUUAGUUUUCAUUAAAUAUGUUCACUAAACAAAUAUUAUAUUUCACUACAGCUGA